CCCUGUUCAACUUUAAUGCCGGAGCAUCGGCCGCCAUCGGAAGCAGAGCGGAAUAUCUCCGGCGAUUGGCGACGGGUGGAGGCCGAGCUCAUGCGGCACGCCGUGGGAAAUAUCAGCUCAUGGUGGUCUCGGGCUCACUUCCGGGCCACGCACUCCCAUCAAGCUCAAGGCGCUUCCUGGGCCGUCUCGUUGUUGCUCUGUAGCUUGGCCGUGGGCGUCGUGGCUUCGGGCAUGUGGGCGGAGCGGGGUCGAUGGGCGGCUGUCAUGGGCCAACAACCGCUCUUCUUCGAAACCCACGCCGUGCAUGCUCAACAAUGGGUGCCAGAUGCUAUCCGAAGUCAUGCCCGCAGUUUGGUUCGCCUGGGUCGUCGAGAAAGACGCAUUCAUUUCCCGGAUGAAAUGCCGCCAGAUGCGGUAGAUAGUACUGGUUCAUUAACUAAGCGUCAGGCCCCAUUAGAUAUGAGCCUCUUUCUUCGGAACCAUGAGCCUACGGAUUUGGAUCGUGCCCAUCAACAUUUCCUAAUGUCGUCCGAUGAAGACGAGCCCUCCGAAUUGGAUUAUGUGCCCUCCUCUUCGGACGACUCGGACCUGGACUAUAGCGUGUUUAGCUAUAAUCGUCGUCACGGUGAAUGGCAAGGAUCCGCCCUUUCGGUCGGCGCUCCCAAGGGUUCCUGGAUUCGCUCCAUCCAGUCUUCCGUUCAAGUUUGGCGACGAGGGUUCUCGCAACCUCCUAAAAAAUCGGUCAAUGCUGAUAGCGUCCAGAUUCGCCUAUUGCCCUCUUCCUCCUCGUCCGAUUCGGAACUCAAUAUAUAGCCUUUAUACAUGGUUGGAUUUAUGAAAUGAUUACGCUUAUUCAUGAAAUAAUAAUUAACAGCUUGUCAGA